UUUAAUCAACGUUGUGAACGCUUUAAAAAAUUAAUAAUAAUGUGAAGUGGGAAUAUGUACUUAAUUGGAAAAUAAUCUAAUCACUUUAGUUCCGCAGUGAUAUUCGUUUAAUGUUCGUGCUGAACUCCUCUAUAAUUAAAUCUGAAUUUAAAAAUAGUCAAACAAAUCACACGCUUGCCUACUUUACGUAAAUAAACGAAUUCAUAAAUAAAAUAGAUACGCAAAAUGCAGCCCUGCAAAAACAGUGAAAACAGAGCACAAGUAAUUGCAAACAACUUUCCAAAUUAAGCACGUUUGGCAACAACCCAUACUGCAGUCAACAUGCAUUUACAGGAUUACCUCAGAAACGACGAAAAUGCAUCCUCGCCAGGCGAUGGUAAUCACAACCUUACAUGUCAGCCUCCUUCCAAUCAGGAGCAGUACAUAAGUCUUAGCCGUGAUUGCCAGAAGAAUCUGUUUAGACUUCAUCCACCGCCCCCAUCGAAACCACCGCCGCUCGCGGGUGCCAUCCUGCAGUCCCGUCUUUUGCAGCACAUCAGCUCGGGCGUGAAUGCAGCGGACGCGGAAGCACUAGAGGAGCACCGAUACCCCAAUGUCCUGCAGAGGUCGGCCACUUUGCCAGCGAAGCACAACCGCCUAGGGGUUCGCAGCCGCGUGACUUUCAAGGUGCCAUCGUCUACAACCCCUGCACCUGAUCCAGAUCCAGGUCCUGAUCCAGCCCAAAAUCAGGUCGCUGCUGCCGAAAGAGCCAGAGUCGUGCUAGGUCCCAAGGAGAAGGAAUCUUGCAAAAUGACUUCCGAAGAUUUGCUGCAGCCGGGACAUGUUGUAAAGGAACGUUGGAAGGUGGUGCGUAAAAUCGGUGGAGGCGGUUUUGGAGAAAUUUACGAGGGACAAGACCUAAUAACACGUGAACAAGUCGCACUUAAAGUAGAGUCCGCCCGCCAGCCUAAGCAGGUGCUUAAAAUGGAAGUAGCCGUUCUAAAGAAAUUACAGGGGAAGGAGCACGUAUGUCGGUUCAUCGGAUGUGGACGAAAUGAUCGAUUUAACUAUGUGGUAAUGCAGCUUCAAGGAAAGAAUUUAGCUGAGCUCCGCCGCGCUCAGCCGCGAGGCGCAUUUUCGCUUAGUACAACACUUAGGUUAGGGUUACAAAUUCUAAAGGCCAUUGAAUCCAUACAUUCUGUGGGAUUCCUUCACCGUGAUAUUAAACCGAGCAACUUUUCCGUGGGUCGAUUGCCUUAUAAUUGUCGACGCGUCUAUAUGCUAGACUUUGGAUUGGCGCGUCAGUACACCACUGGAACUGGAGAAGUGCGUUGUCCAAGAGCUGCAGCUGGAUUUCGCGGCACCGUUCGCUAUGCCUCUAUAAAUGCACACCGCAAUAGGGAAAUGGGACGGCACGACGAUCUGUGGUCUCUGUUUUAUAUGCUCGUCGAGUUCGUAAAUGGACAACUGCCGUGGCGAAAGAUAAAAGACAAGGAACAAGUUGGGUUGACGAAAGAAAAGUAUGACCACAGAAUACUGUUGAAACAUUUGCCGUCAGAUUUAAAGCAAUUUUUAGAGCAUAUUCAAUCUCUUACCUAUGCAGAUCGACCGGACUACGCGAUGCUUAUCGGGUUAUUCGAGCGGUGUAUGAAAAGACGCGGCGUCAAGGAGUCUGACCCUUACGACUGGGAAAAAGUGGAUUCUGCAACUAUUGGCAACAUAAGUACAUCAGGCAAUCCACCAGUUCCUGCUAAAAACGAUUACAUUCACGGGAAUAUAACACAAAUGACCGUAGCAGCAUCUAACGCAAGCGGAACGGAAUACGUGCGGAAGAGAGGUGAUAUCGAAACCGCUCAUAUUACAGCGACCGAGCCCUUACAUAUUAAAGAUAAGGUUGAUAGAAACUGCAACGCAACCACACUGGCACCCCAACCAAAAGCAUCUGGAGAAGCCAACGUACAACAUGGUUAUACGGCAAAUAAUCAAAAUAUCACACCAAAAGGAAUGAUGCAGCAGCAGUCCCCGUUAGCUAUGAACUCCCAAGCUGCAAUAUCUAAUAUGCAAAGUGCACCAAUCAAAUCACCAAUGGUUGGGAUAGGAAGCCAUGAUGUGCAGGUUCAUACAAAGAACUCUCAACCACAAAACGGGGCUGUAUCGUUUUCCACAACAAAUCAAAACAAUUCCGCGCCGGUGUACGGCAAUUCAUAUCUACAAUUGGAAGAUAAAGCACCAACUAAGUUUUUACCAACAAAACCAAAUGCGGAGUCCGAAAGUACAGUUGACGUCGCUGCUAAGAGUGCAUUUGAGGAGAAAAUCGUCGAUACAAAUAACUCUGAGAGUGCUAAUAAGGCUUUCCUGUGCGGGGAACAACAGCACCAAAAAUCGCAACUGAAACAGCUAAAUUCGCCGGAUUCCGCCAACAAGCAAGUGCAGAAACCGGGAAACGUAACAAACGAAAAGGGCUCUGAAGUCAAACGGGCAUCGGAGGAACAGAAAUCAACCUUUGGGCGGCUCCGUGUGCUUACAGCUCCUCCAAUGAGUGUACAUGAUCUAACAACGGGGGGCCAUAGCCAGCAAGGGACUGAGUUUUCAACGAAACAAGAACAACAGCCUACAAGCUCCAAUGCUGGUCCCGCUGCCGGAAACAGCUCGUCCUCAAAACUUGCCAUCAAUCAGCACUGUCAAAUUUUUGGAAUGACUGUAAUGCCGCAAGUUAAUCGCCGUUCAGCAACGUCUACCAAUUUAAGACCAUCUUCCUCUGGCGCAAACACAAAUUCAGUUCAAAGAAUCAAUAGUGGGUCAACAGGUGGUGGAGGUGGAACUGGAAGCAACACCGCCAGAAGCAGUGUUGCAGGUGAUCAUUCGGUCACCCAAUUCGCUUUAAUAGACGACGAGAAUGUCUCAGCAUUACAACAGGUAACCAAAGGCGGAGCUCUUACACUGGCUUCCCAGUGGAAGAGCCAGUUUGAUGACUCAGAGGACACUACGGACAACGAAUGGAACAGAGAACCACAGUCGCAACCCAAUUUGGAGCAAUUGAUUAAACUGGAUAUUUCAUUGCCCCCAAAUGAAGCCAAACAAUUUUGCCAUAAUGUCGUCGCUGAUACAGGCAAAUCAACUAAUACUCCUAACGAAGGGAAAGACAGACCGAAAAGAUAUACACUAAACAUAACUGGAAUCGAGAAUUAUGAAGCGUUGAGAAUCUCUAUACCGCACUGUUGGUCUGAGCCUGCCAUGGGUAAUGUAUUACGUAAAGACUUGGAACCACCGGCUGUGCAACAAGCUGCAUUUGAUGACACAGUAUAUCGCAUGGAUAUAGCAAGGAAUGUUUGUGUUCGAGAAACCUAUUCAGAGAUCACUCCAUUGGACAAAGCUAAGCCUACCACUUCCUUAGUUUCAAGGGGUGUCCUACCUUCGCCUUUUAAGGAGGACAACACGUUUCAGUUGAAUGCUUCAAAUGAUAGUCAAGCUAAAUCGAAACAUCGAAGCAGCCUUCCUAACGUGUCAGUUGCCGAUAUAUUUGACGACCAACCGAUUCAGUCGAAUUCUGACGCAAUGCUGGCAGAAGACGUCAAUAAACCCUGGAAAGUACAGACAACGGCUAGCCAGAGAAGUAAUUUGGCUUUAAGCUCAGCGGUACAAGAAAACAACGGUUGUAUUAGUGGUCGACUAGAAAUUCGUGUUAUUCCAAAAGAAACCUCUCAUCUGGACGAUUCUGUUUACUAUGAUGCACUGGCAGCUAUUAAAAAUACUCCAACCGCAAAUCAAGCCCCUGACCUUUCUGAUAAAGCACUUAUUUUCUGUGAUGAAAUAGAAGAAAAUGCUGCAGUGAUAGCUUCCCCAUCAAGCACGGUCAACAAAUUUACCAAACCAAUCUACAAGGAUACAACCGAAGCUCGUAUCGAAGCUCAAUGCUGUAGCUUACAUUCUUCCGGCGUCAAUAACCUGAAGAUAAAUGGGAAUAGUGAAUCAUGCAAUGCGUUGAAUGAUCAACCAAAUUGCAAUGCAGGUGACUCCAAAACUCCGUUGACAGGAGGCAGCACUGACGGUUACAGGGAAACUGAGUCAGCAUGUGAUCUUCCACUAUUAAAUCCUAGCAAAAUUCCAAUACGGCAAUCAAAAUGUGCAUCGUGGGCGGGUGCUGAUACUGCAAUAAAUUCAUCUAAGGCACUUGAGUCCAUAGACGCCCUUCCGGAAACCCCUUACAAUCCCCAAACUGACACGCCAAAUUCUGUAACGGAUACUAUACCUGUUCGCAAAAACACAUACUCCACUGGUUUAGAAUAUCCUCCUAAUAUAACGGAUCUUACCCCAGGCUUACGUCGUCGGAGGGAAUCUGCUGAAGGAAAGUAUGUCACAGAUCCAACGCAACUGCAAUUAAAAUUCCAAAGACCGCGAUCACGAACUUCUAGCAGGACCCGUGGCAUUCCGAAUACAAUGUUAGGAAAUUUUGAUGAUAACGAUACUAUUACUAGCGCGGAAAAACAUAGACUUAUCGGGGCCCAAGUUGUUCAAAUCGAAGAAUCAAAUAAUGUACCAACGAGUAAAUAUUCCGCUGAGCUACAACCUAAAUGCAACAUUUCACCACCACCGGGAGAUCCAAAAAUUGAAAACAGCGCGCGUCUUCGACGUUAUAGGCAUAACUUAGAAUAAUUAAAUAACUUCAGGUCUGCAGCAAACUAAAUUGCGCUUCAGAACAGUGAGUCAUGAUGGUUUGGGUCUACAACUGUCCCUACUUAUACUCCUAUUUUGUAUACAGCUGUUUGACAAACAAAACCAUUAGCAUGAACAUCUUUUAUUUUCUAAGUUUUAACCAGUAUUCUGCAACAUAUUACCUUUGAUUUCGGAACUAAAAUAUGAAUUUUUGUUAUCUAUAGUAGAGGUCUUUAAGUCUUAAAUUGAAAACAAACUAGACAUGUUUGGUUUAAUCUGCUAAUAACUUGAGGUAUGCAAAUUUUGGUGUUUAAUUUUUGUAAUUGGAUAAAAUUACUAUUCCAACAAAAGAAAAAGCUAUUUUCGAUGGCCUCAACUAUUAUGUGGUGUGCUGUCUCGAUUGAAUUGCAAAAUUUUGACUAUUACUUGGUUAUAACUUUUAAUGACUACUCCGUUUUCAAUAAUUUUUGGCAUGUAGAUGGGUCUUGAUAAUAGGAACAAAAUAACAUUUAAAUUUUUACAAAAUAUUUUAAAAUGUGUGCGCUUGACGGGUGUUAUAGUCGUUUGUGCGGGUUUAAGUGGUUGUGGCACCCUGCUGAAACCAACUUGCGCUGCGCAGGAAGCCCAAGAAUCUGGAAGUCAAUUCCCAACAAUCUAGCUUUUUUAGUUUCCGAGAUUUCAGCGUUCAUAAGGACAGACGCACAUGGGCUAGAUCGACUUGGCAAGUGAUUCCGUUCAAGAAUAUAGGUACUUUAUGGGGUCGGAAACGCUUUCUUCUACAUGUUAACUACUCUCCGACGAAUCUAGUAUACCCUUUAACUCUUCGAGUAACGGGUACAAAAAGUUAGUUGAUGUCAUUGUCUUCAAAUAUUGGUUUCUAUUGUCAGUUAAGAAUUCAAUUCCCUUAUACAAAUUGUACUACUACUAAUUUAUUUUAUAAAAAGUCUUAUUUUAUUUAUAUAUGCCAUUAGUAUGAUCAACGUGAUCUUCCGAAAUUCUAAACGAAUUCAGCGCUAGGCGAUUUCUAGGGCACCUCUUAUUAUACUCUUGAUCAGCAUCACUAGGUGUCCCAUAGCUUCCUUUUUAUUUAUUAAAAUUCAUAAAAAGAGUAAGAUAAGGAUUACUUCGUUGAUUUUUACAUAUACGCAUACAACUCAAAACCAUCUUAUUUUACUUCUACAACUCCCCCUUUCUUCUUUAUUUGGAUAAAGCAAAAUCAAACUUGGCGAAGGUUCCCAUAUUUGUCAUAAGAACGGACACAAAUACGGCAGAUAGAGACAUCCCUAGGUUGUCUCAAUAUUCUUGUUUCUUGUUAUAAUACGAAUUGUGUUGUAAAAUUGGGAUUCUAGAAAUAAAAUCCAUUUUCGUACAGAAAAUAUUUCUUAUUGCAGAAUAUUGAUAUUUAAAAAAAAAACAGAAUAUAAUUUGGUUUUUGAAAGAAUUUGUAUGAUAAAAUAUUUUAUUUGUCAAAUGGCUGUAUCUUCAAACGAUGGAGAAAUAAUUAAAAGUUUACGUCAUAAGAAAUUGGUCUUGGCUUUAUCGGAAGCUCCGCAGUAAGUUCGAGCUGGUGCCAUUUAUUUACUUUAUUUAAUCAUAUUAACAUUUUAAGCCAGAACCAUAAUUUCUGUUCUCGGAAUAAUUUAUGGCUCGAUCAAAAAAUGAUGUACUCAUAAAAAUACAGGCUACUGCUUACAAUUGGAAAUUAUAUUUACCAAUUAAGAAUUACCAUUCAACAAAUUUUGGAGGCCUCAACCGUUUUCUCUACUAGCUAAAUAUCAUAUGUAAAAUUAUAAUUUAUUAUUCAUAGAGUUAGGAUACAUUGUUGUAAUCAAGUUCAAAUAAUCUAGUAAUAGUGAAUUUUCAGUUAUUACUAAUACUAUCAAUAAUAGAGUUCUCGAACUGUUUUAAUUUGUACUUUGUUAUUUAGUUAUAUGUACAUCAAUUUGAAAUGCUCCAGUUGUAAUUUUAAUUUCAGGGAUGAGUGCACGUCUUGUUUGUCCCUAACCUUACGAAGUGCUUUCUAUGAAACUAAGUUUUUAAACUUUUUUUAGUAUACAAAAUAUGUUAUAAAACCGUUAUUAAUUUAUUGUAUAUAUUACGCUAUUAUUGCAAAUGUAAUAGAUAAAGCUAACCUCAAUAAAGUGUAAUAAUUCUAAUAA